AUGGCCACUAGCCAGUGGGCUAUGGUGAAGGAGUACGAGGGCUUGUACGACCCAAUUGUUGGUGCCUCGGAGGGACAUGGCCGCCCCAGCGUCACGACUCCCCAAAUGCAGCUCGAUCGCACCUUCAAGCUUAGCGGCGCCUACUCCGAUCUCAAGGACGAACUGAUCGAAGAAGUGACGGCCAUCGACAAGCAGGUCAUUGGCCCUGCCACCGAGGCCCAUGAAUACAUUCAGCCCCUUCGCAAGACUAUCAAGCAGCGGGAGAACAAGAGAUUAGACUAUGAGAAGGCCCAGGAAAAGGUCAAGAAGCUCCAGAAGAAGCCUGGCAAGACGCCCAAGGAAGACGCUGCCCUGUCAAAGGCUGAGUUCGAAAUGACUUGCGCAUCCGAGGAGUUCGAAGUUGCCGAUAGUCACAUCAGGGAAGCUCUACCUCCGAUCAUUGAGGCUAUCUUCACACUGAUUCCUCAUAUUCUAGCCUCUCACGUGACGAUCCAAAACAGACUUCUCGGGCUGUAUUACACUGUGCUUCACAACUAUUGCGAAGAUCACGACUUCCCUUCUCCUCCACCCCCAAUGGAGAGCGUAAUAUCAACCUGGGCAGCAUCUUUCGUACCCAUUCAAAAGGAGGUCGAGGCUAUCAGUUGCAUAGCGCAUGGCAAGAAUUGGAGGCAACCAGUAAGGGUAGGGGACGAUGGGCAGGGCAGAAAGUCAUCGACAUCGUCAGCGCCAUCACGCCAAGGCUUUACACGGACGCCUUCUGGCAUCAACGAAGGCACGACACCGACCCCUAGCACGAUGCGAAUACCCUCAAACAACGGAGGAAGCCGUCCAACUAUGGCCCGGGAUCCUUCUCCUCAGCCCAGCCCGCAGUCGAGUAGUACGAAUGUCUCGCGGUCUCAGCUCGGACUACCAACCGAUUUCACAACAGCCACGUCUCUUGGGCAGACCCAGGGCUCCCCCAACGUGUCGCCGUCCUACUCACGUUCCCAGUCUGAAUAUUUUGGUCACCAAUCGGGGCUCAUCCCGGGGCAGGGGAGUCUGGCAGCGAAGAAGAAACCGCCGCCGCCGCCGCCAGCCAAGCGCUUCAAAGCGCCCGAAGAGUUUGUCGUUGCGCAGUAUGACUUUGCUGGGGGGAAUGGGGAUCUGAGCUUCAACGAGGGAGACAUAAUCAAAAUCGUAAAAAAGACGGACACUGAUCAGGAUUGGUGGGUAGGAGAAAUAGGCGGCGUACGGGGCAGUUUUCCUGCCAACUAUUGUAAGGCUGCUUGA